AUGGAGGACCUGGGUUCAAAUGGAGAGGCUUCCGACCCACCGGGUCCAACUGCUCUGCCCAGAGUGGUUGAUAUCACUGAUGCUGGCGAUGUGGUCCUGGAUUGCGUCUUUGAGAAUUCCAAGGCGACCCUCAAGUCUGCCAAGAAGCAGCAGGCUUCGAGACUUGCCCCAGCGCAGCAGCCCGCGCCAGCCCUCAAGGCUAGGACUCGUGUCGGCUUCAGGGUCAAGCUGGCUGUCCUCAAGCAGCACUCCAAGUACUUUGACCGCAUGCUGGGAGAUACUCGCUUCAAGGAGGCCAAGACCAUUGAGGCCGCCUUCGGCGCCUUGUCCCUGAGGAAGACGGACCCAGCGUCGGCUCACGUGAGCGAUCUCCCCUGGGUGAGGAUCGUAGAUGAUGAUCAGGAGACUCGGCUUGCGCACCGGGAGGGGGCCUUUGGCGAUAUGCUAAGGCUUCUACACGGUACCGAAGUGGCCACCCAGUCACCCAGUCUAGAUUUCGUUGCAACCUUGGCUGUGCUAGCCGAUCGCUUCGACUGCGCCCCGGCCGUUUCCAAGGCCAUGGCAUCCGGGGCACUCAAGUUCAAGUGGCCUGCGACUCAACGUAAGGUGACCGUGACCGAAGAUCCCCGGAUGAGUCGGGCUCUUGAGAAUGCGCUGCGUCAAAAGAUACUCGUCUCCUGGCUGCUGAACCAGCCUCCGCGGUUCCAGGCCGCAACACGAGAGUUGAUCAUGAAUGGCUCCUUGAAGUGGAGCUCUUUUCCCGAGCAAGAUGACGGGAGAGAUGAGGCCAUGUGGUGGUACUUACCGGACGGCAUUGAACAGGAGCUUCAAUACCGGCGCGAAUGCGUAUUAAAUAGCAUUGCCUCGAUUCCUCGCCACUUCUUCAGCUUGUACAUAUCGCGCACAAGACAGUGCAAGCUAGGCUACGAUUCCAGUGCCGCCUGUGACUCAUACCAGCUCGGCGAAACAAUCAAGUUCCUCAGCACGAAGAACCUUUUCUUCCUGGUGGACUUCUCCCCCAGCUCGCUGAACCUGAUCGCAGACACGUCGCUGCUUCAAGUUGACACAAUCCUGGCCACUCUGCGCCAGUGCCCGGGGUAUCAGAUUGACAAGCACCACACAAACUGCGGACUCAGGACGCGAAUGAUACCCAUCUUGGAUUUUAUCAAAGCGCUGCUGUCCACCAGCUCGCUACCUCUGAGCCGGCUGUCUUGGAGAAAUGACCGGAAAAGGGCCGCUUGGCUUCCUUCUGAAGAGGACAUGGAAGGUAUAACCUCUACAGACAGGCCAUUCCACUUUACCAGAGGCAUGCAGAGCGAUCAGAGACUUCGGUUCGAGCAUGCCAUGGGUGCCGAGAAGUUUGCCAGGGACGUAUUUACGGCAACUUCCUGGAAUUGGAGUACCGAGGACUAG